AUGUCAAUUAGUUUUAUGAUAAAAAAGAAACAUUUUAUUUUACUUUUAAUCAUAUUGUUGAUUUCGUCAAAAUCAACGGCAUCAACUGAAUAUAUUACCAAUUCAGAAACACUUACAUCAUAUAUUACUCCCCCAGAACCAGCUUUUACUCAAUCAGUUUCUAUUCCAUCAGAAACAACCACAACUCUUACCUUUACUUGUAAUUCAUGUAAAAUUGAUUCUUCAGUGAGAACUACUUUCGAAGGUGAAAUUACUACAGAAACAACAACUGAACCACGUUCAUUAUCGGAAAGUAUUUACACUACUUUCAGUCCUACUAUUACUACUAGUUCUAAUGUUGGUUAUACUUCACAAACGGCAUACAUAACCACUUUCUAUAGAACAACCACACAAUUCUAUCCAGGUUAUACUACAACUUUUAUAACAACUAUAAGUGGGCGAGCAAUUCAAACUGAAUAUUAUAUUCCUCCAAGUACCGUGAUUAUCCUCAAAGAAGUUACGGCAUCGGUUGAUUUAGCAAUUAUUUCUUAUAAAACCAAAACUUCUAAUGCUGGCGAUUCAAUUAAUUUAAAUAGAUUUAGAUGGAAUAAUAAAUUUAAUUGUAUGAUUAUUUGUUUGUGGGCUUUUUGUUUACGUGAUUUUUUGGUUUGA